CAAGACUUGAGUACUAGAACCCCAAACAAACACACAAGCAAGUCUCAGUGAAAAAUGUUCCAAAUCUUCAUCCUUGCUGUCCUCUUCUUCUUCUUCUCCUCCCCUUUUCCUUCUCAUGGUGCCGUCCAAGACUUCUGUGUAGCAGACUUCAUGGCCCCAGAAGGCCCUGCAGGCUAUUCCUGCAAGAUGCCUGCAAAUGUCACGGUUGAUGACUUUGUGUUCACCGGCCUUGUCAAGGGUGGUAACACCUCUAACAUCAUCAAGGCAGCAGUGACUCCAGCUUUUGCGGCCCAAUUCCCAGGGGUUAAUGGGCUUGGGAUUUCCAUGGCACGUUUGGACCUUGCACCUGGUGGUGUUGUUCCACUGCACACUCAUCCAGGUGGAUCAGAGGUGCUAGUAGUGGUACAGGGCUCCAUCCUUGCUGGAUUCAUCUCUUCUUCUGCUAAUACUGUUUACAUGAAGACACUCAAGAGAGGUGAAAUCAUGGUCUUCCCAAAAGGGUUGCUUCAUUUCCAGGUGAAUGCACGUGGGAUUACGGCCAUCGCUUUUGUUAGCUUCAGUAGCCCCAGCCCUGGUCUCCAGAUACUGGAUUUUGCAUUGUUUGCCAAUAACUUGCCUUCUGCUCUCGUGGAGAAGACAACAUUCCUUGAUGAUGCCCAAGUGAAGAAGCUCAAGGCUGUCCUUGGUGGUACUGGCUAAUUAGUCUCUCUCUCUCUCUCUCUCUUUCUCUGGAGAGUGCAAAUCCUUCCUUUUCUUCUUCUUCUUAGUUUCCUUCUUUCUACCAAAAGCUAAGCUACUAAGGAUCCUUGUUAUUGAUAUUGUAAGAGCUAAGCAUUAAUCUUCUGCUCAAUUGUAAAUGUAGAUUGAGUUCUUCCUUUGUUUCUCUAAUUGAGAAAAUCAAUUAAAGUUUGUGGUUCAUUGUUCU